GGUUAGCAACCAGCAGAAAGAGGGAGAGCUGGCGACGAGCGAGGUACUGGGCAGAAGCCGCUGCGAGACCUGCAAGCCGGCGUCGCCCCCUUCACCACUAACUGGCUGCCCGCAGCACCUCGCACCGAAAUCUUUAACCCUGAUUGAGAAUGGAAACCGCAGAUCCCUCCUUAGUGGAUCAGAUGACCAGAUUAAAACUAAAACUGUUGGAAAAGAAACUUGAGAAUGAGCGGGAUAACCUGGAUGGCCGGUCGGACACAGCAGCAUCCACUGCACGGAGUUUGGACUACCAGGGAGAUGCACUGCACAAUGCACUGAAAAGGAAAAAAGGCUUGCUCCAAAAACUGAGGGAACAGCACAUGCUGGAUGAAUGCUCCAGGCCCCACACAUGGGGUGGGACCCGGAGACGAUAUCCUCGCCUGGAACCCAUUCAGCAGGCACCACCGAUUCACGUAUAUCAUCAACAACCACCGGAGCAGCCACGGAUCAUCCAACACCCGUACCCUCAGCAACCCACAACGAUCAUACAACAGUUACCACAGCAACAGCCACUCAUCACGCAGAUCCCACCUGCACAGACGCUGCCUCCAAUCAGGUCUGGCAGCAUCAAGGAGGAUAUGGUUGAAAUGAUGUUAAUGCAAAAUGCCCAAAUGCAUCAGAUAAUUAUGCACAAUAUGAUGUUGAAAGCACUGCCUCCAAUGGCAUUUUCCCAGCCUGGAGCUUCUGCCAGUCCUAUGGUUUCUCAGGUACAGGAUGUUCAGUCGGCUGUGCCAUUUGUAGUAAAAACAGAGAAGCCUCGUCCAUCUUCAGUGCACCAUCAUCAUCACUACUCUUCCCAGGGACAGCCCACAGCACAUCCACCUCCUCUCCCACCAAUAGGACACCCACUGUGGGCAUCUAUGCUACCUUCCAACCCUAUGGCACAUUACAACAGCUUGCAGCCUUCAGUGCAACACAUGAUGGGUCCCACAAUGACACUUCCUGCCUUACAAACGGAAUUAGCAGAUGGGACCUCCCGGAUGCCUCCUGGGUUGUAAGUGCAGACUAAUGAAACCUUAAGCUCCAGUAUGCAACGGAUUAAUAUCACCCAGUCGGCAAUUUAAAUUUUGGAAGAAUGGAUUCUGAUCACUAUCCAAAUGUUGGAGUGUGGAGGUUCAGAACAAUUUUAAUGGAAAUUUAUAUCAUUCUAUCGUGGAUAGUCAAUGGUACAAAUGUAUAAAGUACAAAGACAAAAUGUUAAAUUUAUUUGAUAGAUUCAAAAACAUGUAGCCUGUUUAUCCCAUUGAAUAAACAGAAAAGCAACACAUAUAGGCGACUCCUUAUUAUGGGGGAUGGAGGGAGAGUGGAUUGCAUUCCUAAAAAAUAGUCCUAUUGCAGUUUUCCAUAAUGCAAAGCCAUGUCAUUGGUGCAUGCAUCAAAGAAAGUUUAUUUAUUUACCUCCUUUCACAUAUACCACAAGAGUGAAUUUUAUUCUUUAUCUCAUAUUUUCUGGCAGUUACUUGUUCAUUCCAUUACAUUUGAUUUCUGUUACACGUGGCCGUAACGUGGAGACAAUCUGCAUUACCUAUCUUACUGAAGAGCUCAAUAUCUCAGACAUAACGUUUAUGCUUUUAUAUAAACAAGGCACACAUUUUCCAGCCUAUGAAAUUUUCCAUCCAUUUGCUCAACUAUCAUGAACCAUUCAUUCACUCACUCAAUGAGAUCCAUUUGAUUCCAUUUAUAGGCUUCAUUUUUAACUAUAAAAGCCCUUCACAAUCAGUGACAACAGCAAGAAGGAAACAAAAAAUAUAAGAAUCAAUUCAUGACUGGUUUUAUUUGGAGAAGGUUGAUAAUGCCAAAUUAUUUUAACCAAUACUUUUUUUUAAGCUUAAAUUUAUUGAACAUAAAAAUAUGGCACAUGCUUACAGUGAAGUAAAUACUGGAUAUUUGUGAUAAACGUGUAGGAACAAAAGAAUCAACUUGUCUUUUAAUGACUUCUUAGUUGCAAGAAGUAACCAUGCUAACCGGGAUCCUCAUACACUUCCAUCAAACCUUUUCUCCGUUUUCUCUAUCCAAAAAGAACACCUGUAAUUCUGUAAAGAUCAGUCUGAAGAUGUUCUCCUGGGAUGCUACCUGACCCCCUGAGUUACUCCAGCAUUUUUUCUAAACCAGCAAUUAAAUCUGCAGUUCCUGCUUUCCACAGGCUAAACAGCUUUCUCUUAUAGCUAAAAUUCCCUAGUCCAGUAAAACUCUGUACCCUUCAAUGUAACUGAAUCAGUACAAUAGCAUUAUCAGCAUUCAUAAUUUAACAAAACAAUUUACACACAUAAGAGGUAAGUGCUGAACACAUUAAAUGUCUAUUAAUUGGUCUUUAUCUAUGUACAGCAAGUUAUGGAACUGUAUUUCCAUUCAACGUUAUUUCCAAAUUAUUAUUAUUUUAUAGCCUUUAAAAGGUGCCAAUGUUAAACAGAAAAUAAAAUCUCUUCACCUCUGAAAGGUAUUUUAUAUUUUUGGAUUCAAUUUUUAUAACUAUUUCUAGGAUACUCCUGGAAAGCUGAUUGCAAUUAAAGUAACAGCUGUUGUUGAUGGCUUAUCAAAACUAUCCUUGGACAAAUAAACCAAAAAAUAGUUCCAUCCCACCGUGCCAAUUUGAAAAUCUGAUUUCAGUGUUUUAAAUUCUGGAAAUAAAGAGUUGGUAUGAAUAAAAA